AUGCAUGAGGUUGUCACUCUUCAGCUGGGUCAGCGGGCGAACUACUUGGCCACCCAUUUCUGGAAUCUUCAGGAAUCAUAUUUCACAUACAACGAUACUGAAGAAACCCCUGUUGACCAUGAUGUGCAUUUUCGACCAGGAUAUGGCGCCGAUGGCUCAGAAACAUACACCCCUCGGACAGUCAUCUAUGACCUCAAGGGUGGAUUUGGUACUCUGCGCAAAUAUAAUGCACUGUACGAGCUGACCGAAGACUCGGUAGCAGACCAAGGCCUCUGGGAUGGAAAAGAGGUCGUUCAGAAACAGGCCCCUAUCCCACAAAGUGACUAUCAAAAAAGCUUAGAUCAGGGCAUCUCAGCACCACAACUAACCUCAGACACGGUGCGGUACUGGUCGGAUUACAACAGAGUAUUCUACCAUCCACGUUCAAUCGUCCAAUUAAAUGAAUAUGAGUUGAACUCACAGAUAAUGCCCUUUGAAGACUGGAAUGUCGGCGAAGAGCUCUUCCAUGAUCUUGACAAAGAACAUGACCUCUUGGACAGAGACCUAAGACCAUUUGCCGAAGAAUGUGAUCAGAUGCGCGCCAUUCAAAUCUUCUCGACCUCAGAUGACGCCUGGGGUGGCUUUACUGCUCGCUACAUUGACCGCAUUAGAGAUGAAUACGGCAAGAAAAGUGUCUGGGUUUGGGCCAUGGAAGAUGGCACCAAGGUGCAACGGCAUCGGCAACUCAAAAGGGAUACGAACAAAGCGAAGUCACUUUGCUCGAUCUCGCCACAGUCGACUCUGUAUGUACCUGUCAUAGACAUUCCGCAGAAGCUUCCCCGCUCGAUCCAAGUCGAUCGGCAGUCGGAGUGGCAAACCACGGCAUUGUUAAGCUCUGCACUUGAGACAGUCACACUGCCCUCUCGACUGCGGCCCUAUCACGAUUUUGAGGCCUCGCUUGCGGGCGACGACGGAAGGCAUAAUAUCUUCGAGCUCCAAUCGACCAUCAACCCUGAAAAUGAAAAUUCAGGUGCCAACGACGAUGAAACCCCGAAAGCAAAAACCGAAUUCGACAUUGACUUCACGUACGAUGGAGAAAAGGGCAAGUCUCACCAUAUCUUCAAUCAAGUCCAGGUCUUACGUGGGAACGACUUCGGACAAUCCACCGAGCCUACCGACGGGGACUCUGGGCGUUUGCGAAAACUGCGACUGUAUAACUCGGAGUCGAUGCUUCAGAGCUACCGAACCCCACUCCAUCUGCCCAUCCUCGACAGUUUCCCGCACGGAAUGUACCCCAAAUCCUCGUCAAAUGCCGGGGUAAGUGUCUUAGCCGCAUUGACCGCUUCCACCCGGACGGCAGACAGAGUCAAGGCAAUUGAAAGUACGGCUGCACGAAUGUUAUCGGUGGAUGAACGAGAAAAUCUGGUUAAUGGGCUGGGUGAGAUCCGGGAAUGCUAUGAGACCGGUUGGAGCAGUGGAUCCGACGACGAAGAGGACUAG